GUCCUGCCACUAGAGUUCUCCCACAGCCCGUGACUGUAUAUGUGUGUGAGUGUGUAUUUACCCCCUCCGAGCUCAACUGUGGCCGGGCUGCUCUAACCAACCACAAUUCUGACAUUUAACUCCGGAAACACAAAUGUAACCAGCGCUGCGUUACAUCCUAAAGUGAGACCGAACGGCGAGGCGUUUGAUCAGCUGUCGGACAGCGGUUGGAACUGGCCACAAUGUCAAGGGUGGUGAAAAAGAGGCAAGCGGACCCCAAGGUGGUUCAAUAUGUCUGGUCGGCCAUCGAAGUCAUCCGCAAUCAGAAACAAAUCGCAAACAUGGACAGAAUCUCAAAAUAUUUAAGUCGUGUGUAUGGGAUGCACCCUAAAGACACGGCCAGGCAGCUAGUUCUGGCUGUGAAAGACGGCCUGGUUGUGGAGACACUCACAGUGGGCUGCAAAGGCUCCAAGGCCGGGAUCGAACAGGAGGGAUACUGGCUUCCAGGAGACGAGAUGGAGCAGAUGUCGGAGGGAAGCAAGCCCUCUCUGCCUACUGAAGCUCUUUUCCAAGAUGAUUGGGAAGCAGAAAGUCAUGACUGGUACUGCUUUGAGUGUCACCUUCCUGGGGAUGUGAUGGAGUGUGACGGCUGUUUCCGUGUAUAUCAUCUCCGCUGUGUGUCUGAAGACCACCGGCCACGAGACACAACAUCCCACUGGCAGUGCGGCAUCUGCAGGGGCAGUAAAAGGAAGAAUUUGAACAAACAGGAAAUGACAACAUACCUGAAGUUCAUUCUUGGACGUAUGAAGGAAAGGGCUGUGGACCUGCACAAGAGAGGGAAGGAGUCAAAGCAACCCAUGUACAGAAGAUUGAUCCACACGCCUCUGGAUGUGGAUAACAUACAAGAGAACAUCUCAGAGGGAAAAUACAAAAGCUUUGAGGAGUUCAGGGCUGACGCUCAGCUUAUUGUUCACAACACAGCUAUUCUGCAUGGAGUCAACAGCGAUCAGACCGAAAUUGCAAGACUUCUCUACAACGACACAUGCCAUGAGCUGAACGAGUUAAUGUUGUGCAGGCACUGCUUCUAUCUCUCGAACGCACGACCCGACAACUGGUUCUGUUACCCAUGUAGUCCGACUCAUGAGCUGGUGUGGGCCAGGAUGAAAGGCUUUGGUUAUUGGCCAGCCAAGGUGAUGCAGAGGGAGGGCAACCAGGUGGAUGUUCGGUUCUUUGGUCACCAGCACCAAAGGGCAUGGAUUCCUUCCGACAACAUCCAGGAGAUCACAGUCAAUGUGCAGCAGCUGCAGGUGAAGCGCAGCUCGGGGUGGAAGAAGGCGUGUGAUGAGCUGGAGCUCCACCAGCGGUUCCUGCGGGAGGGUCGUACCUGGAAGGGGAAGCCAGAGGAGAAACACGACAGGUCGGAGAGACACGAAAGACAAGAAGACAGACAGGAAGAGGCGGAGUCAAGUAUCUCCUCUACAUCCAACGAACAGUCAAAAGGCAACCAAGAGCCCAAAGCUAAAAAGAGCCGCCGUUCGCAAGUCGCCGAGCCCAAAGAAGAGGAACCAGAGCCUGAGAUGGAAGCCGUCAGCUCGAGUCAAGAAAUCCCAACAGCUGUUCCACAUCAACCAGAACGGAUGUCUGUCUCCACACAGACCAAAAAGUCUGGCUCGCCUUCGUCCUCUUCCUCACCGGCUCCUCGCAUGGUACACCGAGGCACUCAAACGGUCAACGAGGGCAGCUGCCAAAACAUGUGCCACGACAAAUACACAAAGAUCUUCAGCGACGUCAAAGAAAUGAUGAAAGCCGAGAACAAGCGGGAAACCGAACGUGUCCUCAAAGAGGCUCUGGACAAGUUGCGAGCGGAGAUGGAGGAAGAGAAAAGGCAGGCGGUGAACAAAGCCGUGUCCAGCACGCAGGCCGAGAUGGAGAGAAAGUGCAAACAGGUGAAGGAUAAGUGCAAAGAGGAGCUCAUGGAGGAGAUGAAGAAGAUGGUAGCUCAGCAUAAACAACUUAUUUCCCAGACCAAGAAGAAGCAGUGGUGUUAUAACUGUGAAGAAGAGGCGAUGUACCACUGCUGCUGGAACACGUCGUACUGCUCCAUCAAAUGCCAGCAGGAGCACUGGCACGCCGAUCACAAACGUACCUGCCGCCGGAAGAGAUGAGCUGCAGCUGGCCACGCCCCUCCUCUCAACUCCACCCAUCCACGAGCCACGCUAUUGGAUAGAUUUUAACGCUCAACACCCUUCCCCACCCCCUGCCCGUGGAUUUGUGAUUUUUAGCCAGCAUUUUAAAACCCCAGCUCCUAGGACACUUUUACCAGAACAUUUUACCGAGUCGCGGUGAACGCUAACAGCGCGGGAUCUCGAAAUCUUCACGGAGAUGGUUUUAUGUUUGGAUUUUAACGGUAUCUCUUUGCGUAUCCCUCAUUUUGACCCUUUUAUUUGCUGUACGACGGAAAUCAGCCUUGCUUGCAUACAGACUAGCUGAAAUGUGAAGUACUAGUAAUCUUUUUAAACACAACUUAAUCUGAAGCUAUGUAGAUAUUUGACUUUUUUUUAUAUAAGCAAAUCAUGUCAGCCUCCUGCAUUGAGUGAAGUUGGUGCUUUUAAACUCGACGGUUGGUUUUUAAUCCGUGGUUGUGAUGUGUCAUUUUUUUUAUUAUUAUUAUUUCUUUGGGAACAGGGUUUAAAGAUGGCAGGUCUUGUCUAAAUGAUACAAUCUUCCAUUAAUGAAUAUGCACAUAUUUGAAAUAGGCCUUUUUUAACAAAAAACUAAAUUAUGUGCUAAUUUCGGGGUCCAUUUCUGUAGCUUAAGUAUACUAAAUCUUUGCCAAGUGGGAUUUUUAGAGAUGACUAUUACCAGUGCUCCCAGACGGACUGAAAACAGAUUUCAUAUGGCAAAAUUUAAUCAAACUUAAGAUUGUACAGAGAUCAGUGUAAAUUAAACAAUCAGAAAUUACGCUUAUAGGGUUUUAUCAUUAGGAAUGACCUUUAAUGGCACUUUUUGACUUAAGAGAGGUUAAAAGGAUAGUUUACGUAAAAUUCUGCUAUCAUUUGCUCACCCUCAGAUUGUUAAAACCUGUUUGGCUUUCUGAAAUGCUGCUCUUACUUGUCCCCAUCCACUUUCACUGUACGGAAACGAGCAGCUUGAACACUCGUCUAAACGUCUCCUUUUGUGUUUUUCGCAAGAACGUCGCUCAGACAGGUUUGGAACGACGUAAGGGUGAGUGAAUGACAAAAUUAGAAUUUUUAGGUGAAUUAUUAUUGCAAUAAAUUAAGAUCUAUCUUAAUAGAGAGUUUUGAAGAUUGUCUAUGUUGAACGGGAGAACCAAUCAGCUGAAGGAUGUAGGGGAACAUGAGCUCCUUCUCUAGUGUUUUUGCACAGAUCCAUAUCUGCGUGAACCUGUUUCUCUCUGACGUUCUGGACGCGUCUUUAAAUCACGUCUCUUUCUUGUUCUCGCUCCCUCCCUCCCUUCCCAACCUCACUGUUGCACUACAUGUAAAUAACUGUUCGCCGCUAACAGUGACUGAUGACGUUUGCACGUUAGCAUAUGUACAUUUCAUGAACACAUUAACUAUGUAUUUGAUAAAGUCGAUCUGUAAAGGAAAAAAACAAAAACAAAUAUUUGUGAUAUACAGUAAUAUGUUCCAUUCCAGUGUGCAUGAAACCAGGUUGUGUGUACCUUAUUUUGGGCUCUACGUUAAUCUACGUUCUUGUCAUCGGUGAUGCAGUCUCCUUUUUGGUUUUCUAGGGUAAUUUGACACCACUUUGUAAUUGCAAGUAACCCUUUUUUAAAAUUUCUUUUUUAACUUAUAUUUAUGCGGACGGAAUGACUACUGAGAAUUUCCAAAACACCCAGCGAGUCUGCUAUACAAACACCUGUCUUUCAUGUGCAUACGAAUUCAAAUGUGGUGUAAACGUUUUCCCCUUUCUUGCAUUACAUUAUGUAACAGUACUAUGUAUAAAUAAAACAUAUCAACCGGU